CACAUAAAAGGGGAGAUUUCCCGCUCCUCUAGAUCAGAGGGGUUCUGCCUUCUUCGUUCUCUGCUCUUCCCUUGAAGCUCUGCUUGUAGCCAAAACCUUUCCUUGUCUUUUCCUCCCCUCUCUGAACAUCACCACCACCACCAUGAGUCGUAUCUCCUAUAGAGCAUCCUCUGGAGGUGGCAACAGAGGCUUCUCCUCUGGUUCUGCCAUUGUUGGUGGUGGCGGCAGCGGGAGAUCAAGUUUUAGUUCAUACUCCGUUUCUCGGGUCGGAAGCUCAAGAGUCGGAGGAGGUGGUGGUGGCUAUGGAGCCAGUGGCGGCUUCGGCAGUCGAAGCAUGUACAGCCUAGGUGGAAACAAACGCAUGUCCUACGGUGGAGGUUACCGAGCAGGUUUCGGUGGUGGAUACGGCGCUGGUGGAGGGGCUGGCUUUGGUUAUGGUGUUGGCGCAGGUGGUGCAGGUGGCGCAGGUUUUGGUUAUGGCGGACCAGGGUUUGGAAUUCCUGGAGCUGGCUUUGCAGUAGGCGCUCCAGGUUUUGGUGGAAGAGGUGGACCAGGGUUUCCCAUUUGCCCACCCGGGGGCAUCCAAGCGGUGACCGUCAACCAGAAUCUCCUGCAACCACUCCACCUGGAGAUUGACCCAGAGAUUCAGAAAGUGCGUACGCAUGAGAGGGAGCAGAUCAAGACUCUCAACAACAAAUUUGCCUCCUUCAUUGACAAGGUCCGAUUCCUGGAACAACAGAAUAAAGUCCUUGAAACCAAAUGGGCACUCUUACAAGAACAGGGAACAACUGUUCGACGAAACAACGUUGAACCCCUUUUUGAAGGAUAUGUGAAUAAUCUUAGAAGGCAACUUGAUUCUCUAGUAGGUGAGCGGGGAAGGCUGGAUUCAGAACUGAGGAACAUGCAAGACAUGGUGGAAGACUUCAAGAACAAAUAUGAAGAAGAGAUUAACAGGCGUACAGGUGCAGAGAAUGAAUUUGUCGUGCUGAAGAAGGAUGUUGAUAGUGCCUAUAUGAACAAGAUUGAACUUGGAGGCAAAUCAGACUCACUGAAUGAUGAAAUUGAAUUCUUGAGAGCACUGUAUGAAGCGGAAUUGACUCAGAUGCAGCAGCAGGUAUCUGACACCUCUGUUGUGUUAUCGAUGGACAACAACAGAAGCCUGGACCUGAACAGCAUAAUUGCUGAAGUCAAAGCACAGUAUGAAGACAUUGCCAACAGGAGCCGAAGUGAAGCUGAAUCAUGGUAUCAAUCCAAGUAUGAAGAGCUGCAGGUCUCCGCCGGGAGACACGGAGAUGACCUCCGCAACACAAAGACGGAAAUUGCGGAGCUUAACCGGAUGAUACAGAGGCUGCGAAGUGAAAUAGAUGCCUUGAAGAAACAGUGUGCCCAACUCCAGGCAGCCAUCGCCGAGGCUGAGGACCGUGGGGAACUGGCCCUGAAGGACGCAAGGCAGAAACUGAAUGAGCUGGAGGAAGCCCUGCAGAAGACCAAGCAGGAACUGGCACGGCAGCUCAAGGAAUAUCAGGAGCUGAUGAACGUCAAGCUGGCCCUAGAUAUUGAGAUUGCCACCUACAGGAAGCUACUAGAAGGAGAGGAAAGCAGAUUGUAUGGCGAAGGCGUUGGAAAUGUGAGCGUCUCUGUGGUCAGCACCUCCAGUGGACUUGGCUACGGCGGCGGAAGUAGCCUUGGCAUGGGAGGAGGCGGCAUGGGAGGAGGACACGGGAUCGGUCUGGGAGGAGGACACGGCGUUGGUUUCGGCAGUGGCAGCGGCGGCUACAGUGUUGGCGGCAGCGGCUACAGCAUAGGAGGGGGAAGCGGGUUCAGCACUGGUGGUGGCUAUGGAAGUGGGGUCGGCAGUAUGGGGGGUGGCAGCAGUUUUAGCUCUGGAGGGGGCCGUGUCUCCUCCGGUGGGGGAGGUGGAGGAAGCUCCAGUGUGAAAAUCGUAUCAAAAACCACUUCGACCAAGAAAACAGUCUAUUAAAGGUUGACCACCACCACCCCACCCCCAACCUGAAUGGGAGCACACUGCCAUUUGCAAGUGAAACUCUCCAAUUCAGUGUGUAAAUAGCUCCGCAAAGCUCUUCCCCUCUGAUCUUUUGCCUUUUCCAUAUGAGGCUGGCCACCGCACGGAUCCAGAUGUUUGAACCCUGGUCUACUGAG